GUUGCUUAUUCAUGGAUAUGGGUAUCAUACUAUCUUGUGAAUUAGUAGUGAGUACAUGUGAAUAUUAACUUUAAAGAUCAUAGAAUAGAACUAAAAUGAUAAAAUUUAUGAUUUUUACUUUAGUAACUAUCAUGUUUCUGGUGGAAUCGAUAGAAUCAUGUGAUAAAUUGGGUAUAAAAAAUAUAAUUGUCACUAUUUGUGGAUUGAAAAAACGUUCAUCCAAUUUUAACAAUGUCUGGCCAGUGUUGCCUUUGAGAUUUGCAAGUGAUAUUGAACAAGAAUAUCAAAAGAUGGUUGACGACUUUGACGAGGAAGAUUUACUCAUAAAAAUAUCGGAUGAGAAAAAACCCAGAGAAUCUACUGUUAAGCCUCAGCGUCCAAGUCACUUAUCGGUUUACUCGGAUAGAAUGCGUAACAGAAUAGUUCCAAGACGUCAAUCGAACCAGGACGUCAAUAAAAACAGCGUUAGAAAUGUGGAUCAAUUUCAAAAGAUUAUCCAAGAGUGCUGCAUCAGAAAGUGCACCAUCGAAGAUAUCAGAGGUUUUUGCGAUAAGAAAUGAACAAAUGUGUACAAUUUUAACAUAUUUUGUUUUAUUAAAUUAUGUAUGGGUAAUUAUUAUCAGUACGUAUACACAAAUAAU